AUGGCUUCACCGGAACAGCUGCCCGCGCCGGCCCUCUCGCCGGCCCAGCUCGAGGCAUACCUCACGCACAUCGGCCUCCCUGCCAGCACCGAGGACCCCAAAAAGGCCGCGGCCACGAGCCGGAAGCCCAACCUGCCCUUCCUGACGCAGCUGCUCGAGCACCACAUCUGCGCCGUCCCCUACGAGAACCUGGGCAUGCACUACUCGCGCGACAAGACCAUCUCGCUCGACAUCCAGGCCCUCUACGCCAAGUGCAUGAGCAACGGCCGCGGGGGUUACUGCCUCGAGAACACGCUCCUGUUCAACCACGUCCUGCGGGGGCUCGGGUUCCACGCCUGGAUCGUCGGCGCGCGGGCCCGCCCCAGGGUCGAGGGCGUGCCCACGGGGGAUUACACGGGAUGGCUGCACACGGUAAACAUAGUAAAGUUCACCGACGGCUCAAAGUACAUGGUCGACGUCGCCUUUGGCGGCGACCUGGCCACGAGGCCGCUCCUGCUCUCCCCCGGCCAGAUCACGCACAACGGGCUGGGCACGCAGCAGGUCCGCCUCGAGCGGGGCACCAUCCCCGGCAGCCUGAGCGGGGACAAGGUCUGGAUCUACCAGUACCGGAACAACAGCAACCUCACCACAGGAACGAGCGCGACCGAAGGGGGCUGGAACGCGUGCUUCUCGUUCACCGAGACCGAGUUCCUCCCGCAGGACCUCGAGGUCAUGAACCUCUACACGAGCAGGGACCCGCGGUGCUUCCUGGCCUCGAGCGUGCUGGUCGUGCGGUUCCUCAGGAAGGAAGGGGAGGACGACGAUAAGGGACAAGGCGCGGGGGGAAUAUACGGCAAGCGCAUGCUCGUCAACCACGAGGUCAAGGAGAACCUGGGGGGCAAGACGACCGUCAUCCGCACGUGCACGUCCGAGGCCGAGCGCGUCGCCGCCCUGCGCGAGCUGCUCGGCAUCGAGCUGACGGACGAAGAGGUCCAGGGGAUCAAGGGGUCCAAGGUGGAGAUCGCGGGUGGUGCUUAG